GCACUGUUCCGUGUUGGUGAAGGUAGCACGAAGGAGGGACUCCGGCUGCCUGCGAUGACAGCUUGACGGAGCCGGGCGAGGGGCAGCGCUCGGCCGAGCCCCGCUGCGGGGAGGGGCACCCAGUGGGCCAGAUGGCCGCAGCCCCAUGUGCCGAGCAGCCCCGGCCCGCGCCGGGCCUGAGGGCCGGAGCCAGGCGCUGCCGCUGAGGCGAGGAGCGCGGCCAUCGCCAUGGCCUCGGCCCGCCGGGCCCGGCCCGCCGGCCCUCCCGACGGCGGCUGGGGAUGGAUGAUUGUCGCUGGCUGCUUCCUCGUCACCAUCUGCACCAGGGCCGUGACAAGGUGCAUCUCCAUUUUUUUUGUGGAGUUUCAGGCAUACUUUGGGCAGGAUUAUGCCAGAACUGCUUGGAUCCACUCCAUUGUUGACUGUGCUACGAUGCUUUGUGCCCCGCUUGGGAGUUUAAUCAGUAAUCAUGUAUCCUGCCAAGUUGGUAUCAUGCUAGGAGGGCUGCUUGCAUCUACUGGACUAAUUUUGAGCUCAUUCGCCACCAGUCUGGAACAUCUCUACUUAUCAUUAGGAGUCCUCACAGGACUUGGGUUUGCACUUUGUUAUUCUCCAGCCAUUGCGAUGGUGGGCAAAUACUUCAACAGAAGGAAAGCACUGGCAUAUGGAAUAGCCAUGUCAGGAAGUGGAAUUGGUACCUUCAUCCUGGCCCCUGUGGUCCAGCUCUUAAUUGAGCAGUUUUCCUGGCGAGGAGCUUUGCUCAUCCUGGGAGGUUUUGUUUUAAACCUCUGUGUCUGUGGUGCCUUGAUGCGGCCUAUUUCUCUUAAGGAGGAUUGUAAAACUGCUCCUGAGUUGCUUGAACAGAAUUAUGUCCCGGAAACAGAGAAACAAGACUUAAAGCGAAUGUCCAUCUGUUCACCUUUAAUCAAAUUAUGGCCUCAUGAAUGUUCAUGGAAGGAAUAUGACUUUUUGCUGAUGCCAGGAUUCAUGGUGCUGGCAGUGUCAAUUUUAUUUAUGGCAUAUGGCUGCAGCCCUCUUUUUGUCUACCUAGUGCCUUAUGCUUUGAGUGUUGGAGUGAGCCAUCACCAGGCUGCCUUCCUCAUGUCCAUUCUUGGUGUCAUAGACAUCAUUGGUAAUAUCACCUUUGGAUGGCUCACAGACAGAAGGUGCCUGAAGAAACAUCGGUACUUUUGUUACCUCUUUGCUGUGGGAAUGGAUGGCCUCUCUUGUCUUUUCCUGCCAGUUCUCCAGAGCUUCCCCUUGCUUGUGCCUUUCUCAUUUACCUUUGGCUACUUUGAUGGAGCCUAUGUAACGUUGAUCCCUGUUGUGACAGCAGAUGUAGUGGGAACUGCUUUGUUGUCAUCAGCACUGGGCGUUGUGUAUUUUCUUCAUGCCAUACCAUACCUAGUGAGCCCACCUGUGGCAGGUUGGCUUGUGGACACAACUGGCAGCUAUACUGCAUCAUUUCUCCUGUGUGGAUUUUCUAUGAUAUUUAGUUCAGCACUAUUGUGCUUUGCAAGACUAGCAAAGAAAAUCAAAAGAACACAUUUGCCAUCCCUUACUGGUAACACAGCCUUGAAACAGCACAUCUGGACAAAUGGAGCAAUAGCUUAUUCUGUCACAGCAGAAUUAGACCAAAGGGAUGUUGAAUUUUUGGCUGUGGAUAAAAACAGCUCCAGCAACAGGUGACAAGUGCUGUUGAGAUUCAGUAGGGCACAGCCUGAGGCAGACGUGGCUCAGUGGUGUUACACUGUUGAAGAUACUUCUCAUGUGAAACAAGACCUCUCUCAAUUAGAUU